AUGACUAAUGGGGAGAUUAGAGAGGCUUUACUCUCCCUGGCUUGUGCCAUUACUACUCAAGCAAAUAGAGAUGUGAGGCCUAGGGUGAAUUCUAUUGAGAGUACCGUGGCCUCAAGGUUAAUAGAUUUCACAAGGAUGAACCCUCCUACCUUGUUUGGUUCUAAGGUGGAUGAGGACCUACAAAACUUUAUAGAUGAGGUGUUUAGGAUUGUGGAUGCAAUGGGAGUGACUCCUAGGGAGAAGGCGGAGUUGGCUUCUUACCAACUCAAAGAUAUAGCUCAAUUGUGGUUUGAGCGAUGGAGGGGCGAGAGACCCAUAGGGGCGGACCUAAUAGAUUGGGGAGUGUUUAAGACGACCUUUCUUGAUAGGUUUUUCCCCUGGGAGCGAAAUUUGGUUGAGCUCAUGAACCUACGUCAAGGGAAUAUGAGUGUGAAGGAAUACUCUCUCAAGUUUACCCAACUCUCUAAGUAUGCUCCUACCUUGGUAGCAAAUUCUAGGGCUAGAAUGAAUAAGUUUGUGAUGGGGGUUUUCGGUUCGGUUGAAAAAGAGUGUCGUACGGCCAUGCUUCAUCAUGAUAUGAAUAUCUCUAGGCUUAUGGUUUAUGCUCAACAACUUGAGGAGACAAAGCUUAUGAAGAUGGAUAGAGAUAUGAAGAGGGCUAGGCCGGGGAAUGGAGGUGGUUCUACUUUUGAGAGGCCUUGGUGUGCUACUUGUGGAAAGCAACAUUUGGGCAAGUGUCUUGCCGGGACGGAUGGAUGCUUUGAAUGUGGGAGUAAGGGUCAUAAGAUGAGAGAUUUCCCUACACUUAAGGCAAAAGGGAAAGAGACCAAUCAAGUUGCUCAUGAUGACCUGGAUCCAAAUGCUCCUAAGAGGAACCAUUUCUAUAUUCUUCAAGCUAACAAUGAUAAGGGAACAAAUGAAGGUAAGUCAAUUUUCUUUAUUGUUUGA